AUGCAUAUUCAACGAGCAUCGGACGCGCUCCUCUGCCAGGUCUUUCCUGCCACCCUUAAAGAACAGGCCCGAACGUGGUUUUACUCGCUUCCACCUGGAACGAUCCCCUCAUUUAUCAAAUUGGCCAAAGUAUUUGUCGAACAAUUUGUGGCCAAUCGAAGAAUUGCUAAGGAUUCUUCCCACCUCUCCGGGAUCCGUCAAAAUGAGAGAGAAUCGUUGAAGGAGUAUUUUCAACAAUUUUUCACUGAAGCACGACAGAUUCCCGGAGUAGACCCUAAAUUACUCAGAUGGGUCUUUCUUGGAGGUCUUCAUCCUGGCCCCUUCUAUUCAGCACUCAUGCGCGACACUGUUCAUUCAUAUGCUAACCUGAUCCAUCGCGUGGAGGCACAAAUUUCUACAGAUGAAGCUAUAAAUGCUCACAUGAAGCAAUUUGAGCAAAUCAACGGGAAGCGCAAAGGUGCACAUGGGAUGGACAAUUCAUUUUCACAACAUAAAAAGCAAAGGCAGAAUGAUCUACCUCCUAGGCCUCCAUUACCGCGAUGGGAACCCUGA